UCUUCAAUCUCCCACGUCUGAGAUUGAAAAGUUUGGGAGAAGAUAAACAAACUCAAAAUACCUCAGCUUUAGAUCAAAAUCUAAAAACAAGAGUUUCGUGCAGUGGUUUCUUAGAGAUCUAGUAGAUUAGAGAAUUUGGAUUUGUUGAAGAAAAGUGGAUUUGGUACGAUUCUAUAGGUUUCCUUCUUCUCUGAAGCUACUAUAGAGAGAAUCUGCGAGCUCAAUUUCGUAGUAAAUUAGGGUUCGUGUUUCUUGGUAAAGAUAGAAUCAAUGGCGGAGGUUGUUCUGCACAUAUACGAUGUGACGAACAGUGGAUCAGAGAAGACUAACAACACCAUAGUUCAGAUCAAUAGGUUCUUCAAAGACGGGAUCGGUCUUGGCGGUAUAUUCCACAGCGCUAUUCAGGUAUAUGGAAACGAUGAAUGGUCUUAUGGGUAUUGUGAACAAGGAACUGGUGUGUUCAGCUGUCCUAGUGGCAAGAAUCCAAUGUACACAUAUCGUGAGAAAAUUGUUCUUGGGAAGACAGAUUGUACAAUCUUCAUGGUAAAUCAGAUCUUGCGUGAGCUCAGCAGGGAAUGGCCAGGACACACUUAUGAUUUGCUGUCCAAAAAUUGCAAUCACUUCUGCGAUGUAUUAUGUGACCGCCUUGGUGUGCCAAAGAUCCCAGGUUGGGUGAAUCGUUUUGCUCAUGCUGGCGACACAGCCUUGGAAGUAGCAGGAAACACAGCAAUGCGGGUAAAGCAAGCCAAAACUGAACUUGUUUCAGCCAGUAAAGUGGCUUAUCGCUUCCUUUCGAAUGUUACCUCAAACAUAACCAAUGGUUCAAAUGGCUCCAGUGGCUCUCCACAGCGGCCAGGAACUCUCAACAAUUCAGACAAUGGGAGCUUUAGAUUGCAAGGUAGUUGGUUGAAAGGUAUACUUAACACUGCCAAACCCUCCACAAGUACAGAGAUAGGGAACAAAGAGGAAGAUACAAAUCAUACAAUCACCAAUCAGAAAAAGCAGAACCGUGACUCUGAUGUUCUACUAUUUCAGUAGCAACUGUACUGAUCCACCCCAAUGUAUUCACUUACUGUAUAUCCACCUAUCCAAAAUUUAUUCGUUUGUAUCCAUUACUUUGUAUCACGAUUCGAACACACCUCUCUUUUUUUUUCCCCUUUUCACAGCAGAACGUGUGAUUUUGUUAAGAAGAUAUUUUCAACACGUUACUGGCAAAGACCAAGCAAGUCUUAGCAUAUGCAUUGCACACCUAUUAGAGGGUUUGUUAAAAGAAUGUGAUAUAAGAUAAGCAACAAUGCAGUAUGAAGAGACUUCAACAUGUAUAAUAGAUACAACUCAAAAUGCGUCUUUAAUAUUACAGCGAACGAAAACAGAGUAUAAGGUCUAACGUCAAGAGAAAAAAACAGAGCAUUGACACCAAAGCAAGCAGAAGGCAAAUGUUUAUUUUAAAAACCGAAUGAGGACGAGUCGUGGCAUCUGUCAUCCCCGGAACAUCCCAUUGAACACAAAGGCGUUCCCAUCAGCAUUUUCAGAUAUCUGUAGCGCCGAGACAGCCUGAGCAGCAAUCAAAUCAGCUGAUAUUCCCAUGUUGUUAUCCCAAGCACCCCUCCUCGUGAAUGGCGACCAGUUACUAUCUCCUAGUCCA